UCAAGUCGCCACAAACUCUCCUUCCUUUAUCCAUUAUCCAAAAACACGAAAGAAAGAAUCUAGCAAAUUCUUAACAGUCGAUGGAUCAAGAAGGAUCAUCACAAAGCCCUACCGGGCAGGGCCGUUCUCCCUCUGCACCCUCUAAUUCUACCGCACCGUCCCGGUCCCGUUGGUCACCUAAACCGGAGCAAAUCUUGAUACUCGAAUCCAUUUUCAACAGUGGUAUUGUCAACCCACCAAAAGACGAAACAGUGAGGAUAAGAAAAAUGCUUGAGCAAUUUGGUGCAGUGGGUGACACAAACGUCUUCUACUGGUUUCAAAACCGACGUUCAAGAUCUCGCCGGAGACAGCGGCAGCUUCAAACCGCUACUGCCGCAGCCGUCACUUCCAGAGGAGCUGAAGACCAGCAGCACAUGACGACCAUGAGCAUGCAUCAUCCUUACAGAAACAACGAGAUUAAUUUGGGAUUUGGAAGUUGUAGCAACUCGUCAGCUAAUUUCUUCUUUAAUGAUCCUUCAUCUCAAGUAUCUUCCUUUCUUCUCGGUCACUCGUCUUCUUCCUCGAAUGGUGGAUGUGUGAGUAACAAUGGCAUGGAGAAUCUCUUCACAAUGUAUGGCCAUGAAUCUGAUCAUCCCCAUCUUCAUCAGCACAGCUCAAAUGAUGCAACAAUUUCAAACCCAUCUGAUCAAAACUCCAGUUUCCACUAUCAACAAGGGUUAAUGACGGUGUUCAUAAACGGAGUUCCAACGGAAGUAACAGAAGGAGCAAUAGACAUGAAAGCAAUGUUCGGUGAAGACUUGGCGUUAAUGCAUUCCUCUGGUCUUCCUCUUCCCAUUGAUGAGUUUGGUUUCUUGAUGCAUUCUUUACAACAUGGCCAAUCUUAUUUCCUGGUAACUCAGUUUAACUCACUUUUAUCUAUCUAAUUAAUAUAUAGACAUCUUGUUACUCUAUAAACAAAAGUACUCAUAAAUAAAUUCAUUAAUAAUUUUCAGACCCUUUGGGUCGUCUGUGAAUCCUUUUCUAUGAAUUGCGAGAUAAAUCUGUUUUCCUUUAAAUUACUAAAUCAUGUGUAUAGAAUGUGCUGAAACCUAAUUAUUCUGGUCAAGUCCUUAAUGUCUGCAGAUAAUAAUGUCGAGAACCCAGUUCAGUCUGUAUCUAAGCUAGAUCAUAAAAUAU